CUCGGUGGAGAGCGAGGCGCGCCGAGUGCACUGCCUGCCGACGCCGCUGGCAGCGGGGCUGUCUCGGGAAGGCGGACCGGCGAACGCCCAGUGCCCGCGCUCGGCUGCCCGCCGCGCCUGGCUGUGCCCGUGUCAGCCUCAUUCGGGACGCACAGACCAUUUUUAAAUCCCAAGGGCGUGGGUCAGCCUCCCCUAGGACUUCAUGUCUGUAUAUUUCCCCAUUCACUGCCCUGACUAUCUGAGAUCAGCUGAGAUGACUGAGGUGAUGAUGAAUGCCCCAUCCAUGGAGGAGAUUGGCCUCAACCCCCGGAAGGAUGGUCUUUCCUAUCAGAUCUUUCCUGACCCAUCCGACUUCGACCGCUGCUGUAAACUGAAGGACCGCCUGCCCUCCAUAGUAGUGGAACCCACAGAGGGAGAGGUGGAGAGUGGGGAGCUCCGAUGGCCUCCUGAGGAGUUCUUGGUCCAGGAGAAUGAGCAAGACACCUGCGAAGAGACAGCGAAAGAAAACAAGGAGCAGUAAGAGUCCCUGCAAGCUCGCCCGGGUCAGGCCAGCCAACAACUUUGUACCUGAACUUUUUCCCAUCUCAAUGGAAGCAGAGAGGGAACCCACAAGCUGAAAAUGUCUAAUGAGGCUUCUGUUUUACACCUGCAAAUCACCCAGUUGGUUUUUCUUUCUUGUUUCUUUUCUAGACUCUUCUUUUUUGUGUGUUUUUGUUUUGAAAUUCGUUGAGCAGUGGAGCCCUCUGGUAACUUACAAGGCCUUGUGAGAAAGGAAGCUGCUGAGAAGAGGGGUGUGGGGUGCAGGGAAGGGGUGCUGCUUCUGAGAUCAGUAUCUGAGCUCCCCUCCCUAGCAGCAGGAGCGUUUGGAGGAAGGGGGAACGGAAGAGGAGGCAGUGGGCUGAGAGGGAUGGGCGCAAAUGAGCAAGGAACUUUUGGGGUAAGCAACAACAGGCAAAAACCCAAAGUACAUGUUUUUAAGAAGACAUCAGACAGAGCCCCACAGCCCGGAAGUGCUCCAUCAGCCUUCACCCUGACUGGAAGAGCACCAGAACCCCAUGGCCUCGUCUCCAACCUCAGUGUCACCCACAGCCAGCCAUUGCUUUUCCUUCAGGUGGUGUGUUGGUCCGUGGUGGAAGGGAGGAGAAGGGGCUGUGUGCACAGCUGGCUGGAAGGAUGUACAAGACCCGGAAGGAAGGGCACCCUGUCUUUCCAAUGGAUUUGCCCCCCACCCCUUGCCGCAGGUUCCCAGAGCCCCCAGACACCUGACUUUUUUUUUAAUUUUUCAAAGCAGUACUUUGAGGUUUUAUUUUGCCCCUGAUUUACCUCCUUUUGCUUCCCAGCACUUUGGAAGAGUGACAAGAACUCUUCCCACCACCAUUGUGGGGCUCCAAGGCCACUUCCUGCUCAGGAAGGCCCUUCCUUCCACUGUCUCCCUCCCCAAACUUGCUCUCAAGGUCCCAGGAAGCAGAGGGGAUGGAGGAGCUGUUCCGCUAGGUCUGCCCAGACUUCUCCUCUAGUCGUGGCAGCCAGGCAGUGGUUUCCAGCCCUCUUCUGGCUCAAAGCCCACCUGACCAGCAGCAGCAACACCACCACCACCAUCACCACCACACCCACGUGGGUUCUUGCCCUGAUUUCUUGUGGGACUGAGAAUACAGUGAGUUUGUUGGUACAGACAGGAGGUUCUGUGCAGGUCCUUAAGAACUGGCACUGCCAAGGCAGUACUCCACAGAGAUGCCAAGGCCCCUGGGCUGUGGAUAUGGGACAGGGUGGGGCAAUAGCAGUCACCAAUCGCCAUAUCUCCGUGCGUCUCCUCUGCAUUGCUCCCAGAGUCAGGCUGGAGGAAGGCAUGGGGAGCACCGUGGUGUCCUUGCGGAAGGGCGGCCCUCAUCCAUCCAUUCCCCACCUCCCUCCCACCUGUCCCCAGCAAGGGCUGCAGUGGCAUGAGGAAGUCACCUCUGCACUUGAGAGCCUCGGAACCUUCUGGAGCAGCAGAUUGAUCGCAGGACAGCCUCUUCCAUCUCCGUUUCAGAGCAGGACUCUGUGGGCCAAGAAGUGUUCUUAGAGCCUUCCUUCGACUACAUCCUGCCAGAUGUCCCCCCCCCCCCCAUCCCCACCCCCCUCAGGUCUCUGAUAAGUCCAGGUUGACCCACCCCCACCACCCCAGCUUUGGACUUGUGUGUCUAGCUAUAUUUAAUACCUCAAGGUCAGUGUGGCUGUGGGGACGCAUCGGGGCAGGAGGAUGGAGGGGUGCUCUUCACCCAGCAGUCAGCAGGCUUUGGUUCUGGGAUCCCCGCCUCCUGCCUCCUCCCUCUGUCUGCCUGUGAUGCACACACCGAUGGCAAUAACUUCUUCCAGGCUCCUCCAGGAAGCGGGAGAGGGCUGCAGCCGGCCAUGCAACGAGAUCUGCUUCCCCUACUCUCCUUCCCUCACAAAAUGUCUCUCCCUUGCCUCCCUCUGUGGGUGGGGGGAGGGGGUCUUGCCUUUGAAAUUCCCAUGUUUUGGUGUCUCCUUCAUCCCUGACCCUGGAUCGUCUGUCCCAGUCUUGCUGUGUGGCAGGAACGUGCUUGUAAACUGAGUAUCAUAUUGACUCUGUGUAUAUGUAUGUGUCGGGGGUGGUUUCUUCUUUUUGCCGGUCACAUAGAUGGCUCUGUGCAGUCAUUUGCAGUCUGAGCAGGCCAGGGGCUGACCGCUAAGGUCAGGCCCCUCCAUGGUUGAGCCUUUUGGGGGUGGAGGGGACCCAGCUGCUCUCAGACAAGUGGCCGAGCUCCUGUCUGGCCUCCUCUUUUUUUUUUUUUUUUUCUCAGUAAUUUGUGUGUAUUCCUAAUUGAUUGUAUUGAAAAAAAAUCCUAGUAUUUCAGUAACAUGCCUGUUGUGAGAUGAACCUCUUGUAACUUCUAUUUGUUCUUUUUUGAGGCUCAGGGAGAAACUAGCAUUUUUUUUUUCCGAACUACUUUUUGUCACUGUGACAGUUGUAAAUAAAGUUUGAAAAUGCUUUCCA